UUUAGAAUCGCCCUGAAAAGAGAUUUAUUUAUCAUGUGAUCCAAGAUGUCGUCUACAUAUUCCUUGCAACAGCGAAUGGACGAUUUAGGAAAAAGAAUUAAAUCGGAAAAUGACAAAUCUCAGCGAUUAGGUGGAUCUGAAGUAAUAUAUCAACGAACCGGAGAAUCGGCUAAUCCCAGUCCCCGGAGACCACGACAAUGUACGGUUCAAGAAUUAGGUGCCUCAUCACGUUCCAGUUCAGCUCCUUCUCCAGACCGAGAAAAUCUUCGGAACUUUGGACCUCACCGCCAAAUGCCCCCAAGACCGAUGGACCGACCUAGUUUAACAGGGGCCAUACCCAGACCACCAGACAGAUCGUUUCUGACCAUGCAGGGACAUGGCAGAUCGCCUUUCCCAGCACCUCCUCAACAACCAAAUAGUGCAGAAAUAGAGAGGAGAUACAAAGAAAUAAUGAGUCAGACUGGGAUCCUCACACUAGACAGACAGAAAUAUCCUACAGAAAUAAGUGAAUUGGAACACUUGGGAGAACUUGGGCAUGGCACAUGUGGCCAUGUGGUGAAGAUGAGACAUAAGCGGACAAAUCAUUUGAUGGCUGUCAAACAAAUGAGAAGAUCUGGAAAUAAGGAGGAAAAUAAAAGAAUAAUCAUGGAUUUAGACGUGGUUAUAAAGUGUCAUGACUAUCCCUUUAUAGUGCAAUGUAUCGGAACCUUUAUAACAGAUAGCGAGGUAUGGAUCUGUAUGGAACUCAUGUCUACAUGUUUAGACAAACUCCUUAAGAAAACCAAACGACCGAUUCCAGAGGCAAUUCUAGGAAAGAUGGCAGUAGCGAUUGUAAAAGCAUUAAAUUAUCUGAAAGAGGAACACGGGGUCAUACACAGAGAUGUAAAGCCAUCCAAUAUAUUGCUGGAUGAGAGAGGUACCGUGAAGUUAUGUGACUUUGGCAUCAGCGGCCGCCUUGUAGACUCAAAGGCGAAGACGAGGAGUGCAGGAUGUGCAGCUUACAUGGCGCCCGAGCGGAUAGACCCACCUGACCCACAAAGACCUGAUUAUGAUAUCCGGGCAGACGUCUGGAGUCUGGGCAUCACACUAGUUGAGUUGGCCACAGGAGAGUUUCCGUACAAGAACUGUAAAACUGACUUUGAAGUAUUAACAAAAGUCCUUCAAGAAGACCCACCAUUACUGCCCCCAGGGAAGGACUUCUCACACGAGUUCUGCUCCUUUGUUAGAGACUGUUUAACUAAAGAUUAUAAGAAAAGACCCAAGUACAAGAAAUUAAUCGAACACAAGUUCAUAAAAAGAUAUGAGAAGGAGGACGUAAAUGUAGCAGCCUGGUUCUCUGAUGUAACUCAUUUAAUGGCCGUCCAAUGUAGGUCUUGAUACAGUUGCAGAUGGACAGAGACAGAAGAAGUUAGGUCCUUGGGACAAUGCUGGUCACUGGUCGGCACAGCUUAAUUCCUUGAGGCAAUGCUGGUCAAUAGAACAGCUGGAGCCUUCAGAAAAUGCUGAAAGCUGGUCAGUAUUGUAUAAAUACUUUGGAAAAUGUUGACCUCUGGCUAGCUGAAAUUUGUUCCUAGAGCCACUUGCUCCACACUGUGUAGAUCCUGGGACGCCAUGCUUGAGACUGGUCAGACUCUCAGGACAUUAUCGGGCACAAGUACAUAGUCCUGGUGUUGGAUAACGGUCACUAAUAAAAGAUCCUUUGAACAAUUGUGGUCUAACACUGAACAAUAUAUACACUUAUGACCGCUGGUCAGCACGCUUUUGAUCCUCAGGACAAUGCUGGACAUAACUGGACAGUGGCCGGCCAACUCAUCCAAUCAUAACACUGUGUGCUGCUCAAUCAAAGUCUUCAUCACUGAUUGUUAAGAACCCAGGAUUUGACGGGGACACCACUAGAUAUUGUGUUUUAAUUGCUGUGCUUCUCCACAUUGACUUGGAUUUUGAUAUCGGUUAUACGAUAUUCUUAAUCUCAGAAAGUGUUUUAAUAUUUUUGGCACACCCAUGAGCUAUUGCCGUCCAUCUUUUCCCAUUGUGCAUAUCGUCCGUGGUCUGUAUGAACUAUUUAUAAUUUUAACUACCUCUGGGAUAUAAAAAAAACUAGCAAUGAAGCUUAGUAGAUUAGAGACCAAAGUUUCAUCUUACUUAGCCUCUAUUAUCCAAUGGGAUUCAGUUACAGUAUUUAGAUGAUGAUAAAUUCUUCUCCCUUUUGUUUUUGGGUUUUUUGGUUUUUUUUUAAAGACAAAGACUUGUAAACCUUAAGUACAGUGUAUGUAUAGACAGUUAUAAUGAAGAGAGGGCUUUGUAAACCUACUUAACAAUGUAUGUAUUGUCUAAAAAGCUUAUUUAAGAAAAGCAUUGAUUAUGUUUUGGCCAAAUUUUAUAAGUUGCAUGACAUUGUUAGGGGUAUCAAGAUUAUUCUAAUUUAGAGACCCAGAAAACAGGACAAAAAGGAAGAAUUGCAAUUUUCAAAACUCCUUCCCAAGUCUAAGAAAUGUAGUUAUUAAAGUAUCUUGGGGCAUAUGAUGGCAUACUGUAAUACCAUACCCUGAUUCCUCAUUAGGGUCACGCCUACAGUAAGUUCAAGGUUUAAUUUGUAUAGGGGAACUUUGUCAAGUAUAAAUACUGAACAGUUGAAAUAAAGAAUCUCUAUUACAAUGAGCUUGCCUUUAUCUUAUAGUAUAUUAGUAAGGGUUGAAAAGGAGAUCAGAUACCCUGGGUGAUAUACAAAGGAAUGGAAUAGGAUAGGAUUGGAUCAAUUAUGGUUAAAGUGAUUCUUUAUAUUUUAUAUUAAUUGAGGUGAGGUGACAGUAUCUGUAAAUUUCUAUACUGAGGUGAUUAUACUGAGGUGACAGUAUCUGUAAAGUUCUAUACUGAGGUGAUUAUACUGAGGUGACAGUAUCUGUAAAGUUCUAUACUGAGGUGAUUGUAUCUGUACAGUUCUAUACUGAGGUGAUUAUACUGAGGUGAUUGUAUCUGUAAAGUUCUAUACUGAGGUGAUUGUAUCUGUAAAGUUCUAUACUGAGGUGAUUAUACUGAGGUGAUAGUAUCUGUACAGUUCUAUACUGAGGUGAUUAUACUGAGGUGAUUGUAUCUGUACAGUUCUAUACUGAGGUGAUAGUAUCUGUAAAGUUCUAUACUGAGGUGAUUGUAUCUGUAAAGUUCUAUACUGAGGUGAUUGUAUCUGUAAAGUUCUAUACUGAGGUGAUUAUACUGAGGUGACAGUAUCUGUAAAGUUCUAUACUGAGGUGAUUAUACUGAGGUGAUAGUAUCUGUACAGUUCUAUACUGAGGUGAUUGUAUCUGUAAAGUUCUAUACUGAGGUGAUUGUAUCUGUAAAGUUCUAUACUGAGGUGAUUAUACUGAGGUGAUAGUAUCUGUAAAGUUCUAUACUGAGGUGAUUAUACUGAGGUGAUAGUAUCUGUACAGUUCUAUACUGAGGUGAUUGUAUCUGUAAAGUUCUAUACUGAGGUGAUUAUACUGAGGUGACAGUAUCUGUAAAGUUCUAUACUGAGGUGACAGUAUCUGUAAAGUUCUAUACUGAGGUGACAGUAUCUGUAAAGUUCUAUACUGAGGUGAUUGUAUCUGUAAAGUUCUAUACUGAGGUGAUUAUACUGAGGUGAUAGUAUCUGUAAAGUUCUAUACUGAGGUGAUUAUACUGAGGUGAUUGUAUCUGUAAAGUUCUAUACUGAGGUGAUUGUAUCUGUAAAGUUCUAUACUGAGGUGAUAGUAUCUGUAAAGUUCUAUACUGAGGUGAUUAUACUGAGGUGAUUAUACUGAGGUGAUAGUAUCUGUACAGUUCUAUACUGAGGUGAUUAUACUGAGGUGAUUGUAUCUGUAAAGUUCUAUACUGAGGUGAUUAUACUGAGGUGAUAGUAUCUGUACAGUUCUAUACUGAGGUGAUUAUACUGAGGUGAUAGUAUCUGUACAGUUCUAUACUGAGGUGAUUGUAUCUGUACAGUUCUAUACUGAGGUGAUUAUACUGAGGUGAUAGUAUCUGUACAGUUCUAUACUGAGGUGAUUAUACUGAGGUGAUAGUAUCUGUAAAGUUCUAUACUGAGGUGAUUAUACUGAGGUGAUUGUAUCUGUAAAGUUCUAUACUGAGGUGAUCUAUACUGAGGUGAUUAUACUGAGGUGAUAGUAUCUGUACAGUUCUAUACUGAGGUGAUUAUACUGAGGUGAUUGUAUCUGUAAAGUUCUAUACUGAGGUGAUAGUAUCUGUAAAGUUCUAUACUGAGGUGAUUGUAUCUGUAAAGUUCUAUACUGAGGUGAUUAUACUGAGGUGAUAGUAUCUGUACAGUUCUAUACUGAGGUGAUUAUACUGAGGUGAUUGUAUCUGUAAAGUUCUAUACUGAGGUGACAGUAUCUGUAAAGUUCUAUACUGAUGUGAUUAUACUGAGGUGAUUGUAUCUGUAAAGUUCUAUACUGAGGUGAUUAUACUGAGGUGAUAGUAUCUGUAAAGUUCUAUACUGAGGUGAUUAUACUGAGGUGAUUGUAUCUGUAAAGUUCUAUACUGAGGUGAUUAUACUGAGUUAUACUGAGGUGAGCAUAAGGCCCGGGAGUUACCUUCUCUCUUAUGUGAAGCUUAAUCUGUAAAAAACAAAACAAAAAACUUUAAAUAUUAUAAAUCAUAAGGUUUAUAAAAAAACAGUGUAUACGAUAUGAAAUUAUUGACUGACUUACAAUGUUUUACCUUAUGUAUUACUCAUCAUAUCAAACUGUAAAAGAUAUGAUUAAUGUCAAUGAUUAAUAUCAAUUAAGUCAGUAAAAACUAAGACAUGAUUAGUGUGUUAUUUUCGUUCUCAGUUUGUGAUGUAUCAACAUUCAAUAGUACCUCUAUAAAUGUGUAUCCAGUAUCAGUUUUGAUUUUAUAACCAUGCAUGUCCUUUAGACAGACUAAUUGGCAUCAUCUGGGUUACAUCUGUAUGUCUGGUUACAAAGAAUACAUAUACCAUGCUGUAAAGGUUGAUCUGUUUUAGGUGUCAUGUUGCCUUAAUGAGACAAAAUCAUGAAUAGAAACCUCAAAGUAAAUUAAGUAUUAAUAGGAAAUCUCCUUAUUUCAUAAUUUGCAUAAGAAAUAUAACGUAAACUGCCAAAAUUUGAACCAUUGAUGAUAACAUCUUUACAACAGAUGCUAUCAAUAGAUUUCUCUAACAGUUUCAUGAGGCCCUAGAAAUCUCGACUGGAGGCUGUCAUUUACUGGUCUAGGCCCUAGAAAUCUCGACUGGAGACUGUCAUUUACUGGUCUAGGCCACUGAGGUGGUAAACAGUAUACAAGGCGAUUCGGCUACUCUGAGAAGGCUAUUCAGCUACUCUGAGAAGGCGAUUCGCCUACUCUGAGAAGGCGAUUCCGCUACUCUGAGAAGGCGAUUCCGCUACUCUGAUAAGGCGAUUCGGCUACUCUGAGAAGGCCAUUCCGCUACUCUGAGAAGGCCAUUCCGCUACUCUGAGAAGGCCAUUCCGCUACUCUGAGAAGGCGAUUACUCUGAGAAGGCCAUUCCGCUACUCUGAGAAGGCCAUUCCGCUACUCUGAGAAGGCGAUUCCGCUACACUGAGAAGGCCAUUCCGCUACUCUGAGAAGGUGAUUCAGCUUAUAUGUGUAAAAGUUGAUUUGGCUUUUAUAACCAUAUAAAGGCAUGAGAUUCUAAGGACUGUUUUGUCAAUGCUACAAACUGAUAAUUAAGCCAUUUGAUGAAGAGGUACAGAAAAGUUUGCAUAGAACCAAUACAUCAUUAUGAUGGGCACCAAAGACUCUCUGGUGUCUCCUGUUAUAGGUUGAUCAGGGAAUAUUCCUGUAUAUAUGAAGUGUAGGCCAAUUUAUUGUGUACACAUUGGCAAAUCGUUAUACUGCUGUAAGUACUGUGAUUUACACAAAGUAAUUCUCAACUGUAUAUUACAAUGAGAACAUGUUGAAGAAAACUUGGUAGGUACAACGCAGUUAUAUCUUAAAUCCCUAAAACAUUAUUUGGACAUUUUUACACUGUAAACUAAUACAUGCAGUAUACAAUGUAUGUAAAGACAUUUAAAGUCAGAUUAAUAUUUUAUAACUGAUAUCCUUUAUUUAAAGUGAGAUUACUUAAUAUAAUAACUACUGUAUUACAGAUUCCAAGUAUUAGUCGGGUAAAAUGUUAGCUCAUUAUAGUUGAUGGUCAUUUCAGAUCAACUGCUUGUAUACCUUGUAGUGGACACUAUGGUUCCCUACACAUUGAGACACCAUGACUUGUCUGUCUGGUAGUAUGCUCUUUGUAGUAGUUUAAUAUACAAUAUCAUGCUAAUGUCAAAAUUAACCAAAAUUUCUCUGGAGAAACGGUUUUUGAAUAUCUUCAUGUGGGUAAUACAUUGAAUAGUUCAGCAGAGAUCUACAAUAUAGAUGUUUGAUAGGUUUCUGAGGUUAGUCAAGAUAUUGGCAUGAUGAAUGCCAUAUGUUUUCCCUGUGUUGUGCCGUUUUCUAUUUAUAUUUUUAAGUAUGUCAUUGGGUCAUAUUGAUGUGAUAACUGUAUUUACACACAGGAUGUCCUAUCUCUUAGAGGUCAAUCCAUUAUCCAUGUUUUAUUGAGCAAUAAUAAUAUAUGAUGUUUGUGCUGUUUUUGAUCCAGAUACAGACUUUCUACUGGAGACAUUAAAUAGCAUUGUAAAAAUUU